AUGUGCAUACGGAUUUGCAACUCUUUUGUUUGCGAUAAAAUUAAAAUCGAUUCGAAAAAUAUCAAAGAUAUCUUUGCAAUUCCUCCAAACCACGCCAAAAUGAGCGAAGAAUCAACGAAAGGAUAUGAAUUCAGGAGGAGACAAACAACAAACAGAGAAACUUCAAGCUUGGCAGCUGAGUGA